GAAAACCAUUCAGUAUUGUUGGAAAUUUUCCACUUCGUAGUUCAUGACGGAGACAGUUCAGUUUAUCAAAACCGAAGAAAAACAAAAUAGAAUUUUUUUUUUUUAAGCAAACUAUUUGGAUAUGUGAGAUAUAGAACAGCUGCUAUUUAACCUCUUGGAUAAUAAUGCAUAUAAGAACAUUAAUUAGCCGCGAGUUAUAUGGGAAAUCAUCGUUUGCAUUAUUAAGAUUGAGAGCCAAAACUUUUGCUACGGGUACCAAUGCGUUAAACGUCACGGAUUUACAUCCACUCUGCGGCAUAAGAAUAUUAGACUUAACGCGGAUUGUAGCUGGACCUUAUUGUACAAUGAUUCUGGCCGAUAUGGGAGCAGAAGUGAUUAAAAUUGAACGUCCUUAUGCCGGAGGCGAUGAAUCACGUAAAUGGGGACCACCUUUUCUUAAGGGAACCGCCGAUUCUACAUAUUUUUUGGCAUCUAAUCGCAAUAAAAAGAGCGCUUGCAUUGACUUGAAAAAAGGUAAAAAUAUUAUCUACGAUCUGGUGAGAAAAUGCGAUGUUCUGGUGGAAAAUUAUGUGCCCGGUAAAUUAAAUGAAAUGGAUUUAGGUUACGAUCAGUUAAAGGUAAUAAAUCCUCAAUUAAUUUACUGUUCUAUAACUGGUUAUGGAUCGCUAGGUCCGUAUGCCAAGCGACCUGGCUAUGAUGUUAUAGCGGCUUCGAUGGGCGGUUUAUUACACAUUACCGGGGAACGCGAUGGACCACCAAGCAAAGUUGGUGUCGCAGUCACCGAUGUAGCUACGGGACUCUACGCUCAUGGUGCUAUCUUAGCUGCACUGUUACAACGUGCACGUACCAAAAAAGGUCAAAAAAUUGACGUUAAUUUACUUUCUACUCAAGUCUCGAUGUUAAUUAAUGCGGCGAGCAAUUAUCUGAACGCGGGACUUGAAGCGGAGCGUUGGGGUACCGCUCACUCAAGUAUCGUACCGUAUCAAAGUUUUAAAACGGCCAAUGGAUAUCUUACUCUGGGUGCAGGCAGCGAUCAACAAUUCAAAGAGCUUUGUAAUCUACUUAAAAUUGAACACAUCGCAGAAAAUAUAAAAUUUAAAACUAAUAAAGAUCGAGUCAAAAAUCGCCAAGAACUUGUUCAACAACUAGAGCAAAUAUUCAUUAAAGAUACCUCACAAAACUGGAUGACUUUAUUUGCAAACUCUUCAUUUCCGGUUGGUCCUGUUAAUAGCCUAAAAGAACUCUUCGAAGAUCAGCAUAUUCAAUCUAUAGAUUUAGUAAAGUGUUUACCUCAUCCUACAGCUGGCUCUAUCAAAGUUGUCGGUCCGCCAGUGGUAUUUAGUGAAGCGAAAAAUGACGCUCGAACGGCCCCACCAUUACUGGCUCAACAUACAGAAGAAAUUUUGAGUUCAUUAUUGGGUUACAAUAAGCAAGAAAUUUCCGAUUUAAAAUCGAAAAAAAUUAUUGAAUGAUUAUGCAGUAAAGUAUAUAUAAAU